GGGCCGGAGGAUGCCGGUCCCGCUGGGCCUGGCGAGACGGCUGCUGCUGCCGCCCGUGAGGCUCCCGGAGCGUGCAUGGAAGCGUUCUGCCUUCAUUGCAACCAAGCAGUAUGAUAAUGGACCCCAAUGGAUAAAAGUUGCACUGACUUUGGGCGCAGCUGCAGCCCUGUGGCGCCUACUCUUCAUGAUACACAAGAGGGAUUUGAAGGAAUAUGAAAGAAGACAAAAAGCACUGUGUGAAAAAUGUACAGACAUUCAGAAUUGAAGAUAUGCUUCAGGAUUUAGCAGUGGUUAUAGUCAACAAGACAAUGAAUAACUGUAAAAAAAUAAAAUAUCCAGAUAACCGUGUCUUUACCAGUCCACUCAUUUUAUGUGCAGAACUGUAAAAUAAAUGGUAACAUUUGAA